CAGAAUUACAAACCUGGCCUCGUUCUUGCUCCGCUCUACCUGUAGCUGUGUGGCAUCAUCGCCCUCAGCGCGUCCCUCACAGCAGAGGAGCACGGCGCGUCUUGUUGCGCACUACUCGAUGCUCUGCAGCUUCAUCUCAACACCGCGAUCAUCAUGGCGUUAUCCGACUUGAGAAAUACGUUGUUUACUGGCGACAGCAAUGGCUUGUUGUGGUUCUUUUUUCUGGGCAUCGUCUUCCUGGUCGGCGGAAGCCAAGCGCGGGCCAAGUCUGUAGAUCCAAGAGAGCCACAGGAAGUGAAGCCCAAAAUACCGCUCGUCGGUCAUAUCAUUGGGUUACUAGGGUGGAGGCAGAAAUACUAUCGUCAACUCGGCCUUGAGAAUGCUAAACUUCCAAUCUUUUCCAUCUCAAUGGGUGGAUCCGAGAAGAUGUACAUCAUCACGGCACCGCAGCUGAUCCAAGUUGCAAUGAAGAACAAAUCUCUGAAUCUUUACCCAGUGAUGGCGGAGUUCGCGCAGAAGAUGGUCGGCCUAGGACCAAAUGUCAUGGACUUGUUUCACAAUCCACCAACCGAUGGGUCUAUCUCAUGGAUUGAGGACCAACACCCAUCUUUUGCGCCUCUGGCUCCUGGUCCUGACCUACAGGAGAUGAACACCUACGUCCUGAACAAGAUUUCGAAGACUAUCAAUUCUAUCGGACCGCACUACGAGACCAAGAAGCUGUACAUGUGGUUCAGGGACUCCUUCACCAUGGCCACAGUGGGCUCCCUCUUUGGCGACAAGAACUCUCUAAUGCGGGAUCCGACGUUGAGCAAGAAUCUGUGGGACUACGAUGGUGGUCAAGCCGAGUUACUCAUGAAACCGCUACCCUCUAUCACAGUAUCAAAGGCAUACAACGGCCGUGCCAAGGUGCAAAAGGCUCUUCGAAAAUACUUCCGCGAAGAUUAUGAUCACAUCACAGAUGCCAGCAGUGUCGUCAAGCGGCGCGUGGCAGUCAACCGAAAGUGGGGUCUGCCCAUUGACGACAUCGCCGACCACGAGUUCGGAAUGCUCUUUGUGAGCGUCACCAAUGCCAUCCCGACACUCUUCUGGAUGAUGUGUUAUGUGUUCCGCGAUGCCGAUCUUGUGGCAGACUUGCGAAAGGAGCUUCUUGCCCUCGCCGUGAUACAGCAGCAAGACAACGAUGCUGGCGAGGGCCGUCCGUCUCGGAAGUGUACUUUCACCGUUGCCAAAUUUCGUAAAGAGUGCCCCUUGCUGGUGUCUACCUACAAGGAAGUCAUGCGCUUGACAAAUCGUUCGACGGGCACACGACGUGUCGUGGAGGACACAUUGAUCAGCUACACACCAUCUGGAGAAGGCGGCGAAGCAAAGACCUAUCUACUCAAGAAGGGUGCAAACAUUCAAAUCCCUGCCAUCAUUACCAACUUUGGCCCCGACGCGUGGGGCGUGAAUGCACACGAAUUCAAUCCGCGGCGGUUCAUGACCGCGGACAGAGAACGAGAGCGGGCGCAAAACCGCGCCUUUAACCCUUUCGGUGGCGGUAAACACCUUUGUCCUGGACGUUUCUUUGCCGACGCGGAAAUAUUGGGGGCGAUGGCCGCGUUGGUCCUGGGAUUCGAGAUUGAGACUCCGGCUGGUGACAGGAUCGAGGUUCCGCAGAUCAAUAACAACCUGGCUGAGGCUGUCGGCAAACCCUUGACGAGCGUUCAGGAGAACAUGAUGGCGAGGAUUCGGCGGAGGCCAGGCUGGGAGGAUGUGGAGUGGGCAUAUAUCGCGAACAACGUGGCAACUUAGAAGGAGUCCAAUGCUCACAAGGCGCGCUGAUUAUGGCAUUUUGUCAAAUUUGUUGUACUUCUUUGCAAUAUGAGGCUUUGGAAUGUGACUUCAAUGACCUUUGACGAAGCCGUUGCGGUCCCGGGUCGGCAUCAUUCGCGGACAGCCGGUGAGGGGUCGCCGCGGAAUGCUGGCCGCGGAAACCUGCCCGAGCCGCUUAUCGGCAAAGGAAGCAGCAACAUGGGAAGCCGAAAUGGCACGGGUUUCCGGGCUUACCUAACGCCUACUCUGUGAAGCUGCAUCAUAUCAAUCUUUAGAACUGCAAAUCUUCAUACGUGUUCCAUA